AUGACCCGAGGUUGCGUGCAGGGGUCCGCAUGUGGUCCAACCAUGUGGAACAUCAUCCUUGAUGAGCUUUUACAGACGGAACUCCCUGAGGGGUGUCACAUUCAAGCAUUUGCGGAUGAUGUGCUUAUGAUAGUCACUGCGUCGGAUGUCUCUACAUUGGAGAGUAGGACAAAUACUGCGCUAAAAACUGCUACACAAUGGGGUGCCGGAGUAAAACUUACCUUUGGUCCUAAUAAAACCCAGCUGAUAGCUUUUACUCCAAAGGCUAAGACGGCGGACAUUCUCAUGGAUGGUACGGUUCUUAAAUUCACUAAGGAAAUUAAGUUGCUUGGCGUUAUACUGGAUGAAAAGCUCUUAUUUAGAUCCCAUGUGCGCUACAUCACUGAAAAGGCUAUGCGUAUUUUUCAACGACUGUGCUUAUAUGUCAGACCAACUUGGGGAGCUCAUUCAGGAAAUGUAAGCAUUAUUUAUCAUGGCGUCAUUGAGCCAAUCAUUACGUAUGCAGCGGGCAUUUGGGGACAUGCAGCUAAGAAGAAAUGUAACCGCAAGACGCUCGAAAGAGCACAAAGAGGCUUUGCUUUAAGAACUAUUAAAGGGUUUCGAACAGUAUCAACUACCGCUGCACUUGCGUUGGCACAAUUUACCCCGCUGGAUCUUAAAGUGUUGGAGGUAGCCAAUGUGGAGCGAACUCGGCUGCUGGGCACCACUGAUCUUCUCCCUGAAGACAUCGAACUGGAAAAACAGACACCUGUACAUCAAUUAUUGCAUCCCGCAACUAGAAUUUCUAUUCCUUUACUACUAGCUGAUAGUCAAGAGAAAGCAGAUACUUUUAUUAAAAUCGAUACAAUAGCAAUAUUUACCGACGGUAGCAAACGAGAAACUGGCGAGGUUGGUGCGGCCUUCAUAUGCUGUGAUCCAGAAGCGACGGUGCCAGUCAUAAAAAAGAAGUUCAAAUUGCACUCUAGCUGCAGUGUGUACCAGGCUGAGUUAUUCGCAAUUUGCCGAGCCUGCGAAUGGGCUGUUGCCCACAAAUACCCGCACACUGUCAUUUACACUGACUCUUUAUCAUCAAUCAAAUCAAUACAGAACCGUAGUAACACUCAUCCCAUUGCUUCUCGCAUUCAUCAUGUGCUCCAACAAUCCCUUCAUCCAAUAGAAUUUGUGUGGGUUAAAAAUCACGUAGGUAUUGCGGGCAACGAGGCAGCGGAUGUUGCUGCCGGGGGGGCGAGUCGGCUGCAUAAAGCACCAGAGUACGCCAAAUUUCCUUUGACCUACGCUAAGACUUUAUAUAAAAAGGACGCUCGCAUUUCGUGGCAAAACAGAUAUAUAUCCGCUGAACAGGGAGCUCAUACUCGCAAGCUCCUUCCUCGCCUUGAAGAACUCCUCAGGGAGAGCAGUGGACUGUAUCGAUGGUGGGGUUUGAAAGAAACGGUUGUCUCUUGA